UCAGUGGUAUAUGCAUGCAUCUUCGUAGUCGAGUAACGGUCUUUCGUUUACGUGCACGUUCUUUCUCGUUCCCUGUUGCCGUCGUUGUCGCCGUCGUCACCGGCACUGACGCAUCUCACCCGUUAUUGAACAACGUUAUGGAAUCCUGAUAGCGCGCGCAUCUUCGUUCAGCAAGCAUUUGGAGAUCAAGAAGAAGCUCGAGUGAGACGUCAUCAUGGACGGAAAAGUGUACACGGAGAGAGUGAAGAAUCCCCGAGCGAGCGCCAACUUCCUCAGCGCCCUCACGUUCUCUUGGAUUCUACGCACUUUCUGGGUGGGUUACCGCAGAGAACUUGAAGUAACUGAUUUGUACACACCGCUUAAAGAGCAUACAAGUGGUAUUCUUGGUGUUAAAAUAGCGGAGGCCUGGGAGAAAGAAUACGCGGCGUACAAUCGUCGGCUGGAGCGACGCGGCGCCGGAGAAAAGAAGAUCGACCAGCCCAGCCUGAUGAGAGUCCUCGUCAAGUGCUACGGCGCCAAAGUCAUGCUGUAUGGAAUGGUUCUGGCCGCCAUGGAGAUCCUGCUCAGAUUGAGUCAGCCGAUAUUCCUGGGUCAGUUGCUGCGCUAUUACAACACGACGGAUGUCGACCAGCUGCACGCGUACCUGUACGCCCUCGGCAUCAUCCUGUGCUCCGCCGUAAACGUGUUCAUCAUCCACCCGUACAUGAUGGCGAUCUUACAUAUGGGGAUGAAGAUUCGCGUCGCCUGUUGCUCGCUCAUCUACCGGAAAGCGCUGAAGCUGACGAGGACCGCGCUGGGCGAGACGACGAUCGGCCAGGCGGUCAAUCUGCUGUCCAACGACGUCAACAGAUUCGACAUCGGCAUUAUAUUCCUCCACUACUUGUGGAUCGGACCGCUCGAGACCAUCAUCAUCACGUACUUCAUGUACUACUGGCUCGACAUCGGAUUGUCCGCCAUUAUCGGAGUCGCCUCGCUGCUGAUGUUCAUCCCGCUGCAAGGCUGGCUCGGCAAAAAAUCGUCGGAACUAAGAUUAAGGACCGCUAUUAGGACCGACGAGAGAGUACGAUUGACGAACGAGAUCAUCAGUGGAAUUCAAGCUAUUAAGAUGUAUACCUGGGAGAAACCGUUCAGCGCGCUCAUAGAAAAGGCGAGAAAGAAGGAAAUCAACGUCAUCCGAGGAACUUCGUACAUCAGAGGUGUCACCAUGUCGUUCAUCAUCUUCUCGACGCGAAUGUCGCUGUUCAUCACGGUGCUUGCGUACGUGCUGUCCGGCUUCAAGAUAACGGCGGAGAAGGUGUUCAUGAUAACCGCUUAUUACAACAUCCUGCGCACGACCAUGACUGUUUUCUUCCCGCAAGGAAUAACACAAGUGGCGGAAGCCAUGGUGUCCAUAAGAAGAUUGCAAAAGUUCAUGAUGUACGACGAGGUUGAGCCUACCGAAACCGAGAAGACAACGAACAAUAUUAUGGAGAAUAACGCGCAGGAGAACAAGGAGAACUUCAAGCAUAACGCAAAUGAAAACGGGAAGGAGAACGCGAAGGAGAACGCGAAGAAGAAUGUAAAGGAGAAGAAUUUAACUGACGAAAAGAAGUCUAACCAAGUGAACAUGGAACAACCAGAUAAUAUCGAGCACCGCAUCUCCAUCGAGAACGGCAGCACAAAGUGGCUGGAGGACGAGAAAGAGGAAACCCUGCACAAUAUCAACAUAAAAGUGCGUCCUGGCGAAUUGAUCGCCAUAGUCGGGCAGGUCGGUGCGGGCAAGAGCAGCCUGCUAAAUGUUUUCCUGAAAGAACUGCGUCUGCAGGAAGGUUCAAUCCAGAUUAAUGGCAAGAUUGCCUACGCCAGUCAAGAGCCGUGGCUGUUCGCCGGAUCAGUGAGACAAAACAUUUUGUUUGGCCGCAAGAUGGAUCAGAACCGAUAUGAUCGCGUGAUCAAGGUGUGUCAGUUGAAGAGGGACUUUAGGCUACUACCUUACGGCGAUAAGACGAUCGUAGGCGAAAGAGGGAUCAGUCUCUCCGGUGGUCAGCGUGCAAGAAUAAACUUGGCUAGAGCCGUUUAUGCCGAGGCCGAUAUAUAUCUCCUGGAUGAUCCUUUGAGCGCUGUUGAUGCUCAUGUGGGCAAGCACAUGUUUGAAGAAUGUAUCGACAAGUAUCUACGCGGAAAGACCCGAAUUCUCGUGACUCAUCAGUUGCAAUAUUUGCACAACGUCGGCAGAAUUAUCGUCCUGAAGGAUGGAGCCAUCCAGGCUGAAGGCACUUAUGACGAGUUGGGCUCCAUGGGAGUGGACUUUGGUCGGCUGUUGGAGAACCAAACGGAAGAAAAGACCUCUCGACCCUCCUCGGCCCCCGCCAGCCGGAGCAACUCGUGUACAGCUAGCAUUACGUCAUUGAGUUCCUUUAUGACGAACGAUACUUCGAAACAGGAUGAACCUGAUGAGAUGGCUGAGAUGCGAUCGACGGGCAACGUUUCCGGACAAGUAUACGGCGGCUACUUCCGCGCCGGCGGCAACUCGUGCAUAAUAUCCCUUGUCGCCAUGCUCUGCGUACUGACGCAGCUGGCAGCCAGCGGCGGCGAUUUCUUCAUCGCCCGGUGGGUCGACAUAGAAGAGAAUUACAUGAACGAAACUGAUAACGGCGUCGCGGAGGACGCGAACAGUCCGCUCACUCGCAUGCAGUGCAUCUACAUCUACACCGGCGUCACUGUGCUGACAAUCAUCGUGACUCUGAUCCGCUCGUGGGCCUUCUUUUGUACGUGCAUGCGUGCCUCCAUACGUCUGCACGACAACAUGUUCCGCAGCAUCAGCCGCGCGACCAUGCGCUUCUUCAACACCAACACAUCGGGUCGCGUGCUCAAUCGCUUCUCCAAAGACAUGGGCGCUGUGGACGAGGUGCUGCCCACCGCGCUCAUUGACUGUCUGCAGAUCGGUCUGUCGCUGCUCGGCAUCAUCAUCGUGGUCGCGAUCGCGAACGUCUGGCUGCUGAUCCCCACUGUGAUAAUCGGCAUUAUCUUCUACUACCUCAGAGUUAUCUAUCUCGCCACCAGUCGCAGCGUCAAGCGACUCGAGGGCAUCACUCGCUCGCCGGUCUUCGCUCAUCUGAGCGCGACUCUCCAAGGACUGCCGACGAUCCGCGCGUUCGACGCGGGCGACAUUCUCACGAAGGAGUUCGAUCGUCACCAGGACCUCCACUCAUCCGCGUGGUACAUCUUCAUCGCGUCGUCGCGCGCUUUCGGCCUCUGGCUCGACGUCUUCUGCGUGGUGUACAUCGUGUUGGUCACACUGAGCUUCCUUAUAAUGGACAAUUACGGCCGCGGCUCGAUGGACGGCGGUUACGUCGGCCUGGCGAUCACCCAGAGCAUUGGUCUUACCGGCAUGUUCCAGUGGGGCAUGCGUCAGAGCGCCGAACUCGAGAACCAGAUGACCUCGGUGGAGCGCAUCCUCGAGUAUAGCAAAGUGGAUAGCGAGCCUCCGCUCGACAGCACGCCGGAGAAGAAGCCCAAGGCCGAGUGGCCAGCGGAGGGCAAAGUCGAGUUCAAAGGCGUGUAUUUGCGCUACGCGCCGCUGGAGCCGCCGGUGCUGAAGAAUCUCAACUUCAUCAUCUAUCCGCGCGAGAAGAUCGGCAUCGUCGGCCGCACUGGCGCCGGCAAAUCGUCCCUGAUCCAGGCGCUCUUCCGCCUAGCGGAUGUAGAGGGCUCGAUCGAGAUCGAUGACGUCAACACCAGCGAGAUCGGUCUGCACGAUCUGCGCUCCAAGAUCAGCAUCAUCCCGCAGGAGCCGUUCCUGUUCUCCGGCACUCUCCGACGGAAUCUCGACCCCUUCGACUUGCACGCGGAUCAUCCGCUGUGGCAGGCGCUCGAGGAGGUCGAACUGAAGGAAAUGGGCUUGGAGGCGCACAUCAACGAAGGCGGCUCCAAUCUCAGCGUCGGCCAGCGGCAGCUGGUCUGCCUGGCGCGCGCCAUCGUUCGCAACAAUCCGAUCCUCGUCCUAGACGAGGCGACCGCGAACGUGGACCCGCGCACGGACGAGCUGAUUCAGACGACGAUCCGGCGGAAGUUCGAGAAGUGCACGGUGCUGACGAUCGCUCACCGACUCAACACCGUCAUGGACAGCGACCGCAUCCUGGUGAUGGACGCCGGCAGCGCGGUGGAAUUCGAUCAUCCGCAUGUGCUGCUGCAGAAGGAGUCGGGCUACCUCAAGAACAUGGUGCACGAGACGGGGAAGGCGAUGGCGGAGGCCCUGGCCGGCGUCGCCCGCGACAACUAUCGAAAUCGCACGUCCACGGCGCUCUGAUCGAGCGUUCCUCGACGAUAUUUUUUUUUCUAGGUGCAAAUAGGUUCCGCGAUAUCGUGACCCGUCGAAGGUCCAGUCGGCUCUCGCGAGAGCCGACUCUAGUGACUUGCAAAAUUGCGUGAAGGAUGAAGAGACGACGUCCCCCCCCCCCCUCCGAGAAUCCUGGAUUCUCGGGAUUUAUCUCUAGUUGUCGCGGGAUCGACAAAAUCCCGCGCGUUGACGCGCGAGCGAGGAGCGGAAAUGGUAUUUUAAUGCGACUAGGAUGUGAAAUGCGAGAGUGAUAAGGAUCUAGAAUCCUAGAGAAUUUGGAGAACGUCCCCGAUCGACGGGAGAUAGAAAAGUGGGAAAUAAGUGUACGAAACGAUUCGGGACGC